UCGAAGUAAAAAAAAAAAAAAAAAAACAAAACACUAUUUGGCAUACACACACGUGUGGAAAAUGAAGGAAGAUUUCUUUGCAUACAAAUUUUUUUUAUUUUUGGAAGUUUUAUAGUUAUUCGAAAAUCGUGUGCUCUUACUGUAUUUUCGGUUUCAUGCCACGGCCACCCUGUACGGCAAGCUUCUUUGUUUUUUAUUUCAAGUUCCCUUGUGACCUUCAAUCCUGACCUUAAAGCACACAUCCAAGACUUGCCGCCAUCGUUUUCCCUCGUCAAUACGUUCUCGUCACCCCGUCUCCUACUUCCCUCGAAAAGUCUCCUACAAAACUCAGUCUUUGAUGCCAAAGUCAUACCAAAUCGAAAGACCAGUACGUCCACGCUCCUGUAGUAUCCACCUCGUUCAGGUUUUCUAAAGAUGCCAAUUGCUUUUUCACUUUGAAAAAUAGUCUAGUAUAAAAAAAAAAUUAUAUAAAAAUAAUUUUAUAAAUAUUUGAGGUAGUUUCUAAAAUUAUAAAAUUAUUUUUAUUAUAAAAUAAAUUUAAUAGAUGAGAUAAAAUUAUGUCAAUUUAUAGAUUUAUUUCAUAAAAUUCCUUUCCUAAACGUAGCAAUACUCUUUCCACUUUAUCUGGUUUCUGCCCCUUUUUUUCUAACCCACAAUCCGAAUUCCCCCAUAAACUUUUCUAAAGCUUGUGGACCAUAUGAUCUAUCACGUUGUUUGUUUCAUUAUGAGAAAGACGCGUUAUACAAUUAUUGCCUCUAUGCUCUGAUCUUCUUCUUCUUCUUCCACCCUUUCUAAAUGUUUACACGAAAAGUAGAGAGCCAAUUAAGACGUGGCUCGUGAGAUUUAUUUAAUUUGAUUGGUUUUCAUCAAUAGCAUGAGUGGAAGAUUGAAACUAGCCGCAAAGACUUGCACAAAAACGUAUGGGAGUUGAGGGGUUUUGAAGAGUAAAGGAGUCAAGUCUUUGUAGUGCGGGUCAAUCGGGGAAGAUGUAUAGGAAAUUCUAGCACCUCCGUGGAGUUUUUGGCUGUGGACCUGUGGUGUUAUGAAUGAAUUUUCCGAUGCACAGACCAUGUUUCACAUUACUUGGGAUAACCAUACAUCCUUGCUUUAAAUUUCGGCCUGCUUUUACUAGUGUUCGUCUUUCAUUUCCAAUUUCAAGGUCAACCACCGUGUUAAACUGAGAAUUUUGCAGUAUAUAUGUAGGGAAGGCAGAAGAAAAGUAUCGAAACCCUUUGUUAUGAUUUUUGAGUAAUCUCGAUCGUUUUUUUUUUUUUUUGGCUGUUGCUUGGUGGAUUGGGAAUUUUGGGAUGGUUUCUGUCUCCAACUCGUCUGUUUUCUUUCUGCUCUCGUACCUCGUGCUGCUUUGCUCGGCUAAAAAUGACAAUAAAGAAUGUACGAAGGAGUUUGAUUGUGGAAGACUGCACAAGCUCCACUACCCAUUAUUCUCCAAUACCCGAAACCCAGAUUGCGGCUUAUUUAUAAAAGAUUGCGACAAAAUUCCGAAGAUCCAAGUUGUAGUUGGGGGCACUGAAAGAUCAUAUGAAUUGGUACGCUUCUCGUGGCCAGACGUCAUAGUUAUCAAGGACCAACGGCUUCCCGACAAAUGCGAAUCCCUAACCAAUUUGAGUCUUCCCAGCUUUCCAUCCUUCUCUCUUGAAAUCGUCACACAAAAUCGGACCCUGUAUAAAUGCAAAGGCAACCGCAAUAUUUCCGGCCUAUCAGCAAGUUUUAAAAAUCUUGGCUGCAAUGAUAAUGAGUAUGAAAUCUGGUAUAGUCCUUCAGAGUUUCCGGAUGCUUCUAAAUGUUCAAUUAUUCAGCUCCCAAUAGCUGAUGAUGACUUGUUAAAACCCUUUGAGUUCGAACUUGAAGUGCAUUGGUCUGAAUAUUGUCGGGAUCGCAACGGUAGUGUUCAAUGUGUCAAAGAGAAAAAGAAAUCAUGGGUGAUACCAUUAGCUGUUGGAUGCCCAGUCCUCUUGAUCUCGAUUUGCUUGGGCUUUACUGUCUGGAGCCAUUACAAGAAAAAGCAUGCUUCUUCGAACUUGUUGGCGAGGGCUAUCACAUACUCAAGAUCAGACCUGGAAGGGGAGAGUGUCUACUUUGGAGUGCCUCUUUUCUCCUACAGUGAACUUCAAGAAGCCACCAAUAACUUUGAUAUUGAAAAAGAACUUGGAGAUGGAGGAUUUGGAACUGUCUACUACGGGAAACUCCGUGAUGGGCGGGAAGUUGCGGUCAAGCGCCUAUAUGAGCACAACUACAAACGAGUAGAACAGUUCAUGAAUGAAGUGGAAAUCCUCACACGUUUGCGCCACACAAAUCUUGUCUCCCUUUAUGGGUGUACUUCGCGCCACAGCCGUGAACUUCUUCUCGUUUACGAGUAUAUUCCCAAUGGCACUGUUGCAGAUCAUGUUCAUGGAGAUCGAGCAACACCUGGUUCACUCACAUGGCCAACUCGUAUGAGCAUAGCCAUAGAAACUGCUAGUGCAUUGGCUUACCUCCAUGCUUCUGACAUCAUACAUCGCGAUGUGAAGACUAACAACAUUCUCCUCGACAACAAUUUUAGCGUCAAAGUUGCAGAUUUUGGCCUUUCUCGCUUGUUCCCAACUGAUGUCACCCAUGUCUCAACAGCUCCUCAAGGGACACCAGGCUAUGUUGACCCAGAAUAUCACCAAUGUUAUCAGCUUACAAGCAAGAGUGAUGUUUACAGCUUUGGUGUUGUCCUCAUCGAGCUCAUAUCAUCUCUGACAGCUGUUGAUAUAGGUAGGCAUAGGCAUGAAAUUAACUUGGCUAACCUAGCCAUAAACAAGAUUGAAAAGUGUGCAUUCCACGAGUUGAUCGACCCACAUCUUGGCUUCCAUUCAGAUGAUGAAAUUAAAAGGAUGACCAUUUCAGUGGCAAGCUUGGCUUUUCAAUGUGUACAACAGGACAAGGAACUGAGGCCUUCCAUGGAUGAGGUUCUCAAGGAAUUACAUAAUAUUCAAAGUUGUAAGGAUGUGCCGAAGGAUCAAGAGAAAGCAUAUGAAGAUGCAGGGAUGUUGAAUGUAGACACACAAACUUCACCUGAUUGUGAUGAAGUUGGAUUGUUGAAGACUAAACAGCUGCCACCUUCACCAAAUUGUGUGACUGAUAACUGGACUAGUAGAUCUACCACACCCAAUAUCAGUACUUAAUUUCUUCUCCAUCCUGUGUAGUUUUCGAGUAGAUGAUAAGAUUAUGUUUUAACACCUACUAUAUCCAAUGCAGAUGAUCGAGUUGGAGUUUCAUUAUCUUCUCAUCUACUUGUUUAAAUGGAGUUUAUCCGUAAUGUUCAUAUUCUAAAGCAAUUUUGUUUCGUUCAA